AUGCCUCCACGGAUACGGCUCCAGACAAGCAGUCUCACACCAUUAGUAACACCAUCCACGGGCUACAUCUGCCUCGCGUGCCGCCAUGCCUCGCUCGCAACAGCCACCACACCCGCACCACCCCUCGAGCAGACGACGAGCAGCACACCUCCCAUCCAGCGCUACCCACGCAACCAACCGCCCUCCCACAAACCCCCCGAGUUCCGCAAAACCCAGCUGCACCGACAGUACCAAUCGCUCCUCCGCUCCGCCCCGCUCAUGCUCAUCUUCCAACACAACAACCUCAAGUCCACCGAAUGGAUGGCCCUGCGCCGCGAACUCGCCACCGCCCUGCGCAAGGUCGACGCCGAUCUCGCUGCACAAGAUAAACACGACCUCCUCGCCGCAGACGGGAUCAAGCUGCAAGUCAUCCAGACCGGCAUCUUCGCCUCCGCCCUCCGCGUAGUCGAGUUCUGGAACCCGGACUUCUCUUCCUCCUCCAAACCCCACACCCCCAUCCACCCCACCGACCCCAGCACACCAACCUCCGAGCCCAUCAUAACAUCAACAGCACAAACGACAGACCCAUCUUUCACCCACGGCCUCUCCGCCCACGCCGCCCUCACGGCAAAGAAAUCCUCCCGCCGUUCGAAACACGGCCUCGAACCCCUCCUCUCCGGCCCCCUCGCCCUCCUCACUUUCCCCACCGUCACGCCCCAACACCUCAAAGCCGCGCUCUCCAUCCUCUCCCCUUCCCCGCCCAACUUCCCCGCCCCGCGCCGGAAAGCGAACCCCUCGUAUCACGAGCCGGCGGUGCAGAAUGGGCUGCAGAAACUCCUGCUGCUCGCUGCGCGCGUGGAGGGGAAGGUAUUUGAUCAGGAGGGGACGAGAUGGGUGGGUGGGAUUGAAGGGGGGUUGGAGGGGUUGAGGGGGCAGUUGGUCGCGAUGCUGUCCGGUGUUGGGGCGGGGGUGACGGGGACGUUGGAGGCGGCGGGGAGGAGUUUGUAUGUUACUGUUGAGGGGAGGAGGGGGAUGAUGGAGGAGGAGGAGAAGGGGGGGAAGGAGGGGGAGCAGUGA